GAUUCUUCUCACACAAGUCGACAGACCUCAUACUUCUUGCCCAGAGUCCCUCACUUCGCUGGCCUAGAUUGAUUAGUCUCUUGCGUUCGCUGCCAGAGCUUUCGUCGCUAGAGCAUCGGCUGUCGGGUUGCAUGGGCCCCCCCAUCAAGGCUGCCCGUCCUGGGAUGGAAUCGGCUCUAUUUCUGGCGUAAAGUCUCAUGGAGCGGCGCCAUGAGGUAUCGUCCUGCCGCCGAAAAGGUUCGUCCUGCCACCAGUGGUUGACCGUCGAAGACCUUGUGCCGUUAUUUGGCUCGGAUGCUGUCGAGGCGUACGUGGUCACGGUCACCUCUCGAAAUACGUUUAAAUGCGUUGCGCGAGGCAUCUUGAUCCUCAGUGCACUCCCGAUGCACCAGUCGCUCUCGUGUUCCAUCAUGCAGCUCCUCCGCGUCGGCACUGUCUUUGCCCUCUGCGCUUCAGCCGUCCUCGGUCAAACGACAGUGUCUGUGUCGUACGAUCAGUUGUAUGAUAACUCAUCCGGGUCGCUGAACACCGUCGCCUGCUCCGACGGAGUUAACGGCCUGGAGCAAUACGGCUAUACGACCUUCGGCACUCUUCCCGGCUUCCCGGAUAUCGGAGGGGCUGCAGUCGUGACGGGCUGGGGCUCAGCAGAGUGCGGUACUUGUUGGCAACUCUCCUUCGAGUCGUACACCGUCAACGUCCUUGCCAUCGACUACGCCGCCACCGGCUUCAAUAUCGCGCUAGAGGCGAUGAACACGUUGACGAACGGCCAGGCGGAGUUCCUGGGAAGGAUCAAUGCCACUGCCGUUCAGCUGGACGCCUCGUCGUGCGGGUUGGCACAGGCGCCGAAUAACAAUUCGUGGUACGCUGAUCCUUCGACGCGACUUCAAGUACUGACAAGGCUAUCGCGCGGUAGAUGGCGCCUGCGAUGUGAACGCUCUUUGGACUCCACAAUGUGUUCAUGGACGUUCGAACAUUUCGCUUCAUCGUGUACUUCGCCUUGCGCAUACCGGUGUCCGUGGUGUCCGUAGCGGUAUCACACGUGGACUUUGAUGUUCUAGCCCAAUUGAACA